AUGAACACGGAGGAGGAAGAAGAGAGGAAGCAGCGCCGGAACAGGACCACCUUCAACAGCAGCCAGCUCCAGGCUCUGGAGCGAGUGUUUGAGAGGACACACUACCCCGACGCCUUCGUCAGAGAGGACCUGGCCCGCCGCGUCAACCUCACCGAGGCCAGAGUCCAGGUCUGGUUCCAGAACCGGAGGGCUAAGUUCCGGCGUAACGAGCGCGCCAUGCUGGCCAGUAAGAACGCCUCGCUGCUGAAGUCCUACUCCGGGGACGUGACGGCGGUGGAGCAGCCCAUCGUCCCGCGCCCCGCCCCCCGCCCCAACGACUACCUGUCCUGGGGCAGCGCCGCCCCCUACAGCCUUUUCCUCGCCCUCAGUCCCGUCGCUCCCCUCUGUCAGCAUGAGCAGGGCGGGCCCCGAUCCUGUGACCCUCCUGACGAGCUGGUAUCCGAUGCCGGAGGGGGGGCCAGUGCGAGUGCCACAGAAAAUGCUGCCCUCAGAGAACAACCAUUGGUUUCUACAGUAGAAGAGAACCGACCAGUGAGCAUCAUGUCUGCUUGUUGGCUGCGGCUCACGCUGAGCUUCAGCUCGCUGUCAGCCACAGGUGAUGUACCCACACCCCCACCCCCCCCU